CACUAAUCAAUUGCUUUUCAAAUGACAACCAAUUGUCUGACAUUUCAGAUGAUUAUCACACCAUUGAGUGAUCACCAGAAGACAUGGACAUCGAUGGCGUGGAGGUGUUGUUCCCACACCAAGCGUAUGGCAUUCAAGUGGAUUACAUGAAGAGUAUUAUCCAUUGUUGUCAACAGAAAGUGAACGGACUGUUGGAGUCGCCGACGGGAACCGGGAAGACGUUAUGCAUAUUGUGUUCAUCCAUGGCUUGGAUCAAGACUUUUGAACCAAUUAUGAGACAAUCAGUGGUAACCGAUGAGGAAGGGGUCCAACAGGAAAUCGUUGUCUCAGAUGACAGCCAUAUCCCACGGAUAGUGUACUCGAGUCGAACCCAUUGCCAGUUAUCUCAAUGCUGUCAACAACUCAAACGAACCCAUUAUAAGACCGAAAGAGCGGUUGUCAUCGCCUCCAGAGAACAGCUGUGUCUUCGCCCAGACGUGCGAUCACUGUCUGGAACUACUCAUCAAAGUAUGAAGUGUUCGCAACUCAAGAAAGAAGGCAAAUGUGUGUACUUUCAAGGCUUUGAUCAGAAGGUUAAGUCGAGUCAACUGUUGCCAGAAGUGGACCAAUACUACGCCUCCAGAGAUGAUAAUGACUGCAAAGUGAUGGACAUCGAAGACCUCGUGGACUUCGGGAGCAGACAUACGUGUUGUCCAUAUUAUGGCGCCCGAGAGAUGGCCCGUAAGGCGUCGGUAGUGUUCACUCCAUACACCUAUUUAUUAGAUCCGGGGAUACGAGAAGCAAAUAAAAUGAUGGGAAUAUCACUGAAGAACUCAGUUGUGGUCAUCGAUGAGGGACACCAUACGGAACAGAGUCUCGAAGAUUGUAUGUCCGCAGUGCUCACCACUCAGACACUGGACGCCUCUAUUAAACGCAUCGAUUUGAUUGUCAAGAUGUUAGAGACGUCUGAAGACAAACUUCUGGAACUGUUCCCAAAUUCAUCGCCAGAUGUGCAGGACGUGCGCCAAUUGGGGACAUGUCUUCGUAUACUGCGGACCCAUAUUAACCGCAAGUUUGUGUCCAAACCGGUGUCUAAACCGCCGACAGAAGCGUUGUUUGAGUUGUUGAAUGAGUCAGGACUUGGUUUUCCUGCAAUUGGCAAAUGGAUCGCUAUUUUGGAUGAUUUGUGUGACAUUCAUGUGGACACCGGCACCAGUAGUCUAAGUGUUGAACCCGUUUGGUGUCUCAAACUUAUGCGCGAUUUCUUCUGUAAAAUAUACCCGAAGUGUAUGAGUGCGAGUGUCGGCGCUAAAUCACUGAUAGCUGAGGACAUUCACUGCCUAAUAAUAACGAGUGGAACGCUAUCGCCGAUGGAGUCUUUUAACGUGGAAAUGGAUAUCAAAUUUAAUGUCAAACUACAGAAUAAUCACAUAAUAGGAGACAAUCAGUUGUCGAUUAUAAACAUCUGUCGGUCGAGAGAUAAUAUGGCGUUAAACUCCUUGUACCGCAACAGAACUGAGAGCUAUUAUAUAGCUUUAGGACAGACAUUGAUUGAGAUCUUAAGAGCGGUUCCCAAAGGAGUUCUUGUGUUCUUCACCUGUUAUGAAGUUCUCAAUAACUGCACAGAAAUCUGGAAACAGAACACAAAUGACAACAUUUGGGAUAAACUAAAUGCUGUGAAAGAGAUAUUUCUGGAGACCAAAUGUAAACACGAAUUCAAUGACUGUUUUCUUAAAUAUAAGCAAAAAGUAGACGAAAACCAGUCGUCGGGCGCCGUCUUCUUCGGUGUCUUUCGCGGAAAACUGUCGGAAGGAAUGGAUUUACCGGACGACUACUGUCGCGGCGUUAUAAUGACAGGCCUCCCGUUCCCAGCAGUGAUGGACCCGAAAGUUAAGCUUAAGAAACAGUACUUAAAUAACGCAAACACUGAACUCACGUUUGAUGAGUGGUAUGGAUUGCAAAUGAAACGGGCGUUAAAUCAGGCCAUCGGACGAGUGGUCAGACAUAAGGAUGACUUCGGAGUCGUUAUUCUUAUGGACUCUCGAUUCCCUUCCUAUUCGGACGGUCUGUCCAAAUGGAUCGAGACCUUCAUUGAACACAAUGACAACAAUCAAAGUCCUUAUUAUGUGACCGAA